AUGUCCAUCAACCUAUCACGCGACCCUUUGGACGAGGUAGAGCGUGAGCCUCUUAGCUCGGUAUCCCUCAAUACGCCUCACCGGAUCACAGCUGUAGCUGGUCCAUCAACUAUCAAGAAUGGUACCUCGUCUUCACCAUUAGCAGCACCUUCCACAUCAACCAAGAAACUCGCGCCCAUAUUCCUCACUAAACGACGCACGCCCACCUCAACGUCAACAUCGAUUCAGGAUACGAACAAUGAGAAUAUCGACCCAUCAUCAUCGAGCUCGAGUGGAUCACCGGUCUCUAGGAAGAAAAUCAAACUUGAUUAUUCUAUUCCAUUGGGAUCGAUCUCACUCGAACAGAUCUCUCCCAGUAGUAGCAGUAGUAGCAGUAGCUCUACACCCAUGGUGGGAAGAGGGAUGGAUGGUGGUAUGGACAUUGAUAUGGAUAAUACGAAUUUGAAAAAUCACGUUAGGAUGCAUAGUAUACACGAUUGGUUCUUGCCCUCGACGAACUUGAAUUACGAAAGGUUAAAGGAUGGUAAAAGAACCGAAAUGCAUCAGGAUGUAAAGGUUGAUGAGUGCAGAAAUGGACAUGGACAUGGAGUAUGGAAAAGACAGAGAAAGAGGUUGGGUAUCAAAGGGUUGAAUUCUAUCGUAAUGGAAAAACAUCGAUUAAUUACCCCUCAAGUUCCAUACCUCUCCACCCUCGUGCACUCUCUCUUGCCAUAUCAUCCCACGACCCCACCUUCUCUACUCCUCUUACCAUCCAUUCAUCCACCUACAGGUCGACCGCGAGAUUUUGCUCCUCCCUUAUCCAUUGCAUUCAACAACAUCGCCAAGAACUACGAUGCCACCUCGGCGAAAGAAGCGGGUCUGAGGAGGCUGAUAGCUGUUGCAGGUGAAGAAGGAGGAGUGAGGAUCUUAGACGUCGAUGAAGGUCUUGGUUCCCAUAGGGAAGAGAAAGGAUUUUGGUGGAGAGCUCAUGGAAAUGCUAUUUUUGAUUUGAGAUGGAGUGCGGAUGAUACCAGAGUUCUCACAGCAUCAGGCGAUCAAUCCACUCGCUUACAUGCCUUGACUACCCCUACUCCAACACUCCAAGCGACACUCAAAGGUCAUACAUCCUCCGUAAAGACCACCGUAUUCUUCGAUCCAUCACGAUCUCACUCCGACCCAUCGACAUCUUCCUCGGUCAUCGCUUCGGGAGGACGUGAUGGGAAUAUCCUGAUUUACGACAUUCGAUGUCGAGGUAGACAGAACAGGGAUAUCGAUCAUGAUGCCUUGAUGGUGCCUCGAGGUGAAAGGGAGAGGUACAGCGAUGGUGUUCCUGGAUUCGUCGCUCAGCCGCCUAAUAGGGGGAUGGAGUUGAAUCCUGUCAUGACCAUUAGGAAUGCUCAUGGCGAUGGUAGGAGGAAUGGCAAUGGGCGUACUGCGACUCGAUCGGUCACUAGUCUGGUAGCGUUACAGAGUAUGCCUGGUAUACUAGCUUCCGGAGGAUCGUUCGAUGGUAUCGUCAAAUUAUGGGAUCUUCGUUUCCCAGCUCCCACCACGCGGUCACCUGAGCCUCGACCAAGCUGUACAGCUAUUGGAUCUUUACCCGACCCAACAGUAUAUGGUACCAUUCCAUCGAGACGAGCACGAUCAAUCAACGCAUUGUGUGAAUCACCAACCACAGGCGACUUGUACGCUUUAUGUGGUGAUUCCAAGAUCCACUCUCUACGACCUUCUUCUUUCACCCAUCUUACAGAUGAAGGUAGCGAUAAUAAGGAAGCUAUAGGAUGCAAGCCAUACACCGAUCCUAAUUUACUUGUAUCCAGCUUUUACAUCCGACUUUCGAUCUCUCCCGAUGGACGAUACCUCUCUUCGGGAAGUUGUAAAGGCGGAGUGAUGAGUUGGGAUACGCACCAAAAGGAUGGAAGUAACGCGACGAGGCUGGCUUUGGGGAUGGGAGGCGUACAGUGGCCUGAAGGGAAGGAAAGGGAGGUAGGAGCUGUGGAUUGGGGUAAAGAUAUGUUGGCAGCUGCUUCUGAUGAUCUCGCGACGAGAUUAUGGAGAUCUGAUAGAGAUGUAGCGAGAUGGUUGAAAGAUGAUCCGAACAAAGCUUCUGAAGAAUGGUGUGGUAGUGUAUGA